AUGUCCGGUAAGAAGCUGAUGUGGUCCGUCACAACAUGUGCAACCAUGGGCUUCUUACUCUUCGGUUAUGACCAGGGCGUGAUGAGCAGUAUCAUUGACGCUGACCCAUUCAAUGACGUCUUUACGGCAACAAAAGGAAACUCAACCAUGCAAGGUGUUGUCACCGCCAUCUACGAGCUGGGUUGCCUUGCCGGCGCUCUCUUCAUUCUCGCAUGCGGUGACUGGCUUGGCCGACGCUGGUCCAUCAUGCUCGGUGCCACCGUCAUGAUUCUCGGAGUCAUUCUCCAGGUCACAGCUUACCCUGGUCACGUCCCACUGGCUCAGUUCUGUAUUGGACGCGUCAUCACCGGCAUCGGCAACGGCAUGAACACGUCCACCAUUCCUACGUACCAGGCCGAAUGUUCUCGGACGUCCAACCGCGGUCUCCUGAUUUGUAUCGAGGGCGGUACGGUCGCGAUUGGCACCUUGAUCUCCUACUGGGUGGAUUUCGGUGCCUCGUACGGAUCCCCUGAUCUCACCUGGAGGUUCCCGAUUGCUUUCCAAUGUGUUUUUGGCCUGUUCAUCAUAAUUGGCUUGUGGUUCCUUCCCGAGUCCCCUCGCUGGCUCUUUGCUCGGGAGCGGUACGAGGAAGGCGAACGUGUGAUCGCCGCAUUGAUGGGCCGGGAGAUUACCGAUCGUGAUGUCCAGUUGCAAAAGACUUUGAUCCUUGAUUCCCUCCGAGCUUCUGGCCAAGCUGGCAAAUCCACUCCCAUGUCCGCUGUAUUUACUGGUGGCAAAACGCAGCAUUGUCGCCGCAUGCUUCUGGGAGCAUCGUCCCAGUUUUUUCAGCAGAUAGGUGGCUGCAACGCCGUCAUCUAUUAUCUUCCUGUGCUCUUUGAAAAGUCCCUAGGUCAGACUCCUUUCAUGUCCAUGAUCCUCGGUGGUGUCAACAUGGUUGUCUUGUCGAUGGUCAUCGCGUUUGCCUGCUUGAUACCCGACAACGAGCAGGCGGCCAAGGGUGCCGCCGUCGGCCUGUUCACCUUCAUUGCAACAUUUGGUGCCACCUGGCUCCCGCUUCCUUGGCUGUAUCCUGCUGAGAUUUCUCCAAUCAAGACCCGCGCCAAGGCCAACGCCAUCUCAACAUGCACGAACUGGCUCUUCAACUUCCUGAUUGUCAUGGUCACCCCAAUCAUGAUCCGGGAUAUCGGAUGGGGUACCUACCUCUUCUUCGCUGUGAUCAACGCCCUCUUCAUCCCAGUGAUCUACCUCUUCUACCCGGAAACGGCCGGACGCUCUUUGGAGGAAAUCGACCUGAUCUUCGCAAAGGGGUAUCUCGAGAACAUGGGCUACGUGCGUGCCGCCAAGGAGCUUCCGCGCUUGUCCGAUGAAGAGAUCGAGCGGGUGGCGAUCCAGUACGGAUUCGGUUCGGCAGACCAGGAAGCGAAGCAUGUGGUGGGUGACAGCGACAGCACCGAAACCAAUGUGGUUGGAACCGGAGAUGUGGAGAAGAAUUAG